AUGCAAAGUGCUGCUGUGGUGUUUGUGCUGAUCACUGUAGAUGCAAGCACGAUACCAAUAUCCAUAUCAUCAAGAUGUCAGAAAUUCUUUUUCCCAAGACUCAAAGACGCAGAUGUCAUGCUAAAGUUGGCAGGAAUUGUAGUACAAGAAGAUAUUGGAAUCGAGGAAGAAGCUCUGAAACUCAUUAUCAUGAAGGCAGAAGGAUCCCUGAGAGAAGCAGAGCACUUAUUGGAUCAGUUAAACUUACCGGGACUAAGAAUCACUAGUUCCAUGGUCCAACAAUUUGUUGGUCUAGUUCCGCUGAAUAAACUCAUUAACUUGCUCACAAUAGCACUUUCUGGUGACACUGAGAAGACUUUAUUGUCUACUACAAGGGAAUUGAUUGCAACAGGAGUUGAAGCACAAACUCUCGCAUUCCAGUUGGCAACUCUCAUCGCUGAUCUACUUUCAGAAGCUUCUGCCACCACUCCUAAUUACUCCACGUUGGUUGGGCCAUCAAGCGAGAAGAAGAGGCUGCUAACGACCAAUGUUCAGCCAGAGAGAUUGUGCCAUACCUUGAAGAUAUUGAUUGAUGCAAAGAAGCAACCCAGAUCAUCAAUCGACAACAUCACACAGAUAUAUGCAGCUCUCCUGCAAAUCGCUCCACAGAACAAUUCAAGUGGAACAUCUUCAGGAUUUUCCUUGCCUAAUGGCAUAAUAAUACCAACAGGUGAGACAACACAACUGGAAAAUCAUCAUUGCAUGAGCAAAACUUCUGAGCACUCAACUGUUGACAGAAUAAGCAUAAAGACAUUUAGCAAAAGCAAGCAAAGCAGAACCGUUGAAUGCAUAGAGAAGACAAUGAAAUGCAGGGGUAUAGAUGUUGAUGAGGGGCUGAACUUAGCACGCUGGACAGACAUGGAAGAAACUUGGUUGCAUAUUCUAGACAACAUACAGAGUAUAGAUAUGAAAGAAUUCUUGUCAAGCCAUGUGAAGCUAGCAUCAGUCACAUUAACCUGUGCAGCCAACGCCAUUGUACAUUUGGUGUUCAAAACACCUGAAGACAAGUUGGCAGCCCAGAUUUCUGAAGAAAGCAUAUCAGAAGCUUUAAAAAGUUCCAUCGGAUGCCCUGUUAUUAUAAAUAUGAGCUUAGAGCCGCUUGACAUGGGUUUCGUUCAAGAAUGCAAUGCCUCGAACAACAAGAGCAAGCUGGAGGAAAGUAAUUAUUCAAUGCAAAUGCAGCAGAAACUAUUUCUUCCUGAACUUGUAGACGUUACAAAUCCUAGAGUUAGAAUGCACCAAAACAAACAUGUAAAACCGGCUUCUCCAUCAGAUAACAAACCAAGGCCCACUGAGUUGAAAGAUAGCAUGUCGAUAUCUCAAGAAGAAGAUGGAUCUCCAACGAGAGAAGCAAAGCUAACCAGAUGUUUACGCGGCCAAAUGUCGCCCUUUUUUGGACUUAUAAUGCAAGAUAACCAAUUGGAAGCCUCUACAAGUGCCGCAACCAACUCUUUGAUAAGGGAUCAGGGCAAGGCUAACACAUCCCAUGUCAUGAUAACUGAAAGGCCUAAGCACAGGUGGUUGUCACUGUCCUCUAUUCAGCAGAGUGAUGCAAGCGUUCAGCCAUACAGUCAAGACAUUUUGUUUGAAAAUGCGAACAUAGACAGAGAGAGCAGAACUAACAAAAACCCAAAGCUUCAAAAAGAUUCCUCUAAGGUUCAUAAAGAGCUCCAUUUGCAGGAGAGGGCUAAAAGCAUGGAUGGAGAGGUAGAAAUUAAUCCACUUUUCUCCCAUGUUAUGAUUAAUCCAGUGCUAUUUCUGCAGGCGAUUAUUCCGCUCUUGGAGUUGCAAGGAGUUACUCGACCCAAAUCAGGCCUCAAUAAAGAUGCUGCCAAGAAGAAGAUUCAAAACGACAACAUUCCCACUUGCAAAAUCAUCAAGAUUUCCAAGCUUAAGACCGAUUACCGUCCUUUUGAGGCUAAGAGGAAACUUUGUGAUUCUUAUGAUAUUUUCUUUGCUGAUAAAAGGUUGGUUCCUCUCUUGCCUAAGAUGUUAGGGAAGCGGUUUUUUAAGAAGAAGAAGAUUCUGGUGACUCUGGAUUUGAAGCACCACAAUUGGAAGGAGCAGAUGGACAAGACCUGUGGGUCUGCAUUGUUGUAUCUGAGGAGUGGGACUUUUAGUGUGGUGAAGAUAGGGAGGAUUUCGAUGAGUAGAGAGGAGAUUGCCAAUAAUAUGAUGGCUGCUGUUAAUGGGAUUGAGGAGAUUGUGCCUAGGAAGUGGGGUGUUAUUCGGUCUUUUCAUUUGAAGUUAAUUGAUAGCCUGGCUUUGCCUGUUUAUCUGGAGGAGGACGGCGUGGUUGCUCAAGAGGAAGAGAAGGAGAAGGUUAAAAAAGGGGAGGUUGGUGGGAAAAAGAAGGGAAGGAUACAUGUAGUUAGAUAUAUGGAUGAUAAUAAUGAUAAUGAAGAUGGUCAGGUUGUUGAUGAGGAUGAAUUGUGGAGUGAUGGUGAAGAGGAUAUUGAUAAUGAUGAUGAUGAUUUUGAAAAGGGUAGCGGUGAAUUGUUAAAUAAGGAGAGAAAGAAGGGAGAUAAUAAAGGGAAGGACGAGGAGGAGGAGGAGGAGGAGGAGGAGAGAAAGGAGGGAGAUAAUAAAGGAUACAUGAGCUAUGAAUUGUUAAAUAAGACGAGAAAGAAGGGAGAUAAUAAAGAGAAAGAUGAGGAGGAGGAGGAGGUUGUUGACGAGGAUAAGGAUGAGUUAGGGAGUGAUGGUGAAGAGGAUCUUGAUAAUGAUGAAGAUGAUUUUGAAAACGGUAGUGGUGAAUUGUUAAAUAAGAAGAGAAAGAAGGGAGAUAAUAAAGAGAAAGACGAGGAGGUGGAGGAGAAGGUUGUUGAUGAGGAUGAUUUAGGAAGUGAUGGUGAAAAGGAUCUUGAAAAUGAUGAUGAUUAUUUUGAAAAGGGUUGCGGUGAAUUGUUAAAUAAGAAGAGAAAGAAGGGAGAAAACGAGGGGAAUGAUGAGGAGGAGGAGAAGAGAAAGAAGGGAGAUAAUGAAGGAUGCACGGGGUUAGAUAUAUGGAUAAUAAUAAUGAUAAUGUUGAUGGUCGGGUUGUUGAUGAGGAUGAAUUAG